GAAAUGGUGUCGUUCGGAAAUGCUGUGGUUAGCGGACCCGCCAUGCCGAGGGCGUUCCUCUCUCCGUGUCAGUCCGUGAGAGUCAAAACGGAGAAGCAUAUAUCGGCCUUUAGGGAUGGCUGCAAGGAGGUAAAGUCAAACGCAACAAAGAUAUUUUAGUAUCCACGGGAAACCACACGUCCCUUUUUGGCAUCGAUACACCCUAACUGAACCCUCAUGUUCAGUUAAGAGGAACCGAAAUAGUCCAGCCACCCUGUUGACUUGCAAGGACAUGCAGGUUUUCUUCUGCUAUGGUGGCUGUUCAAGGAGCUGAGGACGGCCCCCAGAGGCAUAUGGCAAGAGGACAGGCAUCCUUUGACAAGUUGUGAGGGGUAUCACAAGGGACACUCUCCCAAUACCUCCUUUGAUGCUUUGAUGAACAGCAUCAAAGUUGUUAUUUGGAUUGGAGACCUCUGAUUGGCUGUUGAUUGCUUUAAAUACUGUUCAAGUUUAAGACAGUUGCUGUUGCACUCUGACCUUGACUGAGACAUAAAGCCUUUUGACUUCAAGUUCCAGACAAGAAAGGAAAAUAGUGCAUCAACUGUUCAAACAGCUUCUUCAAAAGAUCGAUCUACUCUCUGUGGUGAACCAUGCAGAAACCAGACGUUGUGACGGCCCUCAAUGCCGAACUCCUCACAGCCUACAGGAGGAUUCUGGCUCUUAAGGAGGAGGUGUGGCAGCUGAAAAACCAGCUUCAAGACAGUGAUGUCAUAAAGAUGGUUUUGGAGAAGGAGAAGGAGCAGGAGAAAGAGAAAGAGAAAGAGAAAGAGAAGGACAAGGAGCAGGAGAAAGAGAAAGAGAAGGAGCAGGAGAAGGAGAAGGAGAAGGAGAAGGAGAAGGAGACCCAGGCCUUGAAGGAGAAGGUGGAGCAGCAGGAAAACCAGCUGAAAGAAAAAGAUUGUGUCAUAAAGAAGGAGGUGAAGAAACGGCACGCUCGCCUCAGGGCCUACCUUGACUGCCUUGCUGAGCUGACUGUCUCUCAGGCCAAGAAUAAGAUGAUGGAAGCAAGUCUGCUCCAGGAGCCACCCCAGGAGGAGAAGGAGAAGGAGAAGGAGAAGGAGAAAGAGAAAGAGAAGGAGAAGGAGAAGGAGAAGGAGAAAGAGAAAGAGAAGGAGAAAGAGAAGGAGAAGGAGAAGGAGAAGGAGAAGGAGAAGGAGAUCCAGGCCUUGAAGGAGCAGGUUGAUCAACUGCACCUUCAGCUGAAAGACAAAGACUGUGUCAUAAAGAAGGAGGUGAAGAAACGGCGUGCUCGCCUCAGGGCAUAUCUUGACUGCCUUGCUGAGCUGACUGUCUGUCAGGCCAAGAAUGAGAUGAUGGAAGCAAGUUGGCACCAGGAGCCUGCGACAACAAGGAGCAGUGAGGUGGAGGUCAAGAAGGAGAUGGAGAACGAUAAGGUGCUCGCUUCAAGGCCUAAAGGAGACGAAACUGCAGCAGGAGACAACACCAACUAUGGGACUGAGCUGCAGAAAGGAGGAGGCUGAGCUGAGCUGGAGGAGAGAGAAGAGGUGGAGAAGCCCCCGCCCUCACCCUUUUCCUACUCUUAAAACAAACCCCUCCCCUGUCCCCCUUUCUAUAUAUUUGAAAUAAUCUAAUGAUGUGUUGUAAAUAUGUUGAACUUUUUGAAUAAAUAUGACUAGUACAGUAA